GGUUCUAGUCAGUGAAGACCCGCCUCCAGCCUCUGGUGCGCCGGGUGGUGCGUCUCUGUGCUGGUGUCCGCUUCUAUCCCUUAUUCCACUGGGGAAGAGGGUAAGGGAGGGAGAGAAAGAGAGCGAGCGAGAGAAAGCUGGACCCGAGAGAAGAAGAGAAAACAAUUAAAAGAUAAAGCAUAAGAGAGGAGAAACCGGCACAAUGGCAAAAAUGGCACUCAUGGCGGGGAUUUUGUUCACGGUUGCCUUUCUUGUUUCUGGGAUUUCUACACUUGUUUCCCAGUCUAGGACAUACCCGCCUAAUGAAGUCACGUUAUUGGACUCCAGAGCAGCACAGGGGGAGCUAGGAUGGGUCGCCAAUCCAACAGAAGGAGGGUGGGAGGAGGUGAGCAUCAUGGAUGAGAAGAACAUUCCCAUUCGGACGUACCAGGUGUGCAAUGUCAUGGAGCCAAACCAGAACAACUGGCUCCGCACUGACUGGAUUUCUCGUGGAGGCGCCCAGCGCGUCUACAUCGAGAUCAAGUUCACCCUACGAGACUGCAACAGCCUUCCUGGGCUUAUGGGAACUUGCAAGGAAACCUUCAAUCUGUACUACUAUGAGUCCAACAACGACAAAGAGCGCUACAUUCGUGAAAACCAGUUUGCCAAAAUUGAUACUAUCGCCGCUGAUGAGAGUUUCACUCAGGUGGACAUCGGCGACCGCAUCAUGAAGCUAAAUACAGAGGUGCGCGAUGUAGGUGCCCUGACCCGCAAGGGCUUCUAUUUGGCCUUCCAGGAUGUCGGAGCCUGCAUUGCACUUGUGUCAGUCAGGGUCUUCUACAAGAAAUGUCCAUUGGCGGUGCGUAACUUGGCCCAGUUUCCUGAUACAAUCACUGGAGCCGAUACCUCCUCGCUGGUGGAGGUUCGUGGAUCCUGCGUGGAUAAUUCAGAGGAGAAAGAGAUCCCCAAAAUGUACUGCGGAGCCGAUGGAGAGUGGUUGGUGCCCAUUGGAAACUGCCUCUGCAACCCUGGGUACGAGGAGCGAAAUGCAGACUGCCAAGCCUGCAAGAUUGGUUACUACCGUGCCUUGGCGACUGAUGGUGCUUGUUCCAAGUGUCCACUCCAUAGCUACUCUGUCAGGGAGGGCUCCACAUCCUGCGCCUGCGACAAGGGAUAUUUCCGCUCCGAAACAGACCCGGCAUCCAUGCCCUGCACCCGGCCUCCGACAGCGCCUCUCCACCUCAUUUCCAACGUGAACGAGACUUCGGUCAACCUUGAAUGGAGUGCGCCAAGGAACGCAGGAGGACGGCAGGAUCUGACCUACAACGUAGUGUGUAAACGCUGUGGGCCCGAUGGGCGACGCUGUCAAGCUUGCGGCAAUGCGAUCCACUUCAGCCCCCAGCAGCUGAGUCUGAAGGGAACAAGAGUGUCCAUCAACGAACUGCAGGCCCAUACCAACUACACGUUCGAAGUGUGGGCGGUAAAUGGCGUCUCGCCACAGAGCCCCGGGCCAGAACAGGCAGUGUCUGUGACCGUCACCACCAACCAAGCCGCUCCCUCCCCGGUAACAUCUGUCCAAGCGAAGAACAUCACAAGACACACCAUCUCGCUGGUGUGGCAACCUCCAGAACGAGCCAAUGGGGUGAUCCUUGAGUACGAGGUCAAGUACUACGAAAAGGACCAAAAUGAAAAAAGCUACAGGAUCAUCAAAACCUCAUCCAGAAACGCAGACAUCAAGGGUCUCACGCCCCUCACCUCUUAUGUGUUCCACGUGCGUGCACGCACAGCGGCCGGCUACGGUGAAUGCAGCGGCCCGUUUGAGUUCAUGACAAACUCCAUGCCAGCUCCCAUAAUUGGUGAUGGAACAAACUCGACAGUGUUACUGGUGUCUGUGGUCGGCAGCGUGGUGCUCCUCCUUCUCCUCAUCAGCGCUUUUGUCAUCAGCCGAAGAAGGAGUAAGUACAGCAAAGCCAAGCAGGAGUCAGAUGAAGAGAAGCAUUUACAUCAAGGAGUGAGAACAUACGUUGACCCCUUUACCUAUGAGGACCCAAACCAAGCUGUACGUGAGUUUGCCAAAGAGAUUGAUGCAUCCUGUAUCAAGAUUGAGAAAGUAAUUGGUGUCGGGGAGUUUGGUGAGGUCUGCAGUGGCCGUUUGAAAAUGCCCGGCAAGAGAGAGAUCUGUGUGGCCAUAAAGACGCUGAAGGCUGGAUACACCGACCAGCAGAGGAGGGACUUCUUGGCUGAGGCCAGCAUUAUGGGCCAAUUUGACCAUCCCAACAUCAUCCACCUGGAAGGUGUAGUCACCAAAUGUAAGCCAGUGAUGAUUAUCACAGAGUACAUGGAAAACAGAUCGCUGGAUGCAUUCCUGAGGAAGAAUGACGGCCACUUCACUGUGAUCCAGCUAGUAGGCAUCCUACGUGGUAUCGCAUCAGGCAUGAAGUACCUGUCAGACAUGAGCUACGUCCACCGUGAUCUUGCAGCUCGCAACAUCCUGGUCAACUGCAACUUGGUUUGCAAGGUGUCCGACUUUGGCAUGUCUCGUGUGCUGGAGGACGACCCUGAGGCUGCAUACACAACCAGAGGAGGGAAGAUCCCUAUCCGCUGGACGGCUCCUGAGGCCAUCGCUUACAGGAAGUUCACUUCAUCCAGUGAUGUGUGGAGCUACGGCAUCGUCAUGUGGGAGGUGAUGUCAUAUGGCGAGCGGCCAUAUUGGGACAUGAGUAACCAAGAUGUCAUCAAAGCCAUUGACGAGGGUUAUCGGCUGCCCCCACCAAUGGACUGUCCCGUGGCUCUCCACCAGCUCAUGCUGGACUGCUGGCAGAGAGAGAGGGCAGAGCGACCAAAGUUUGGCCAGAUUGUCAACAUGUUGGAUAAGCUGAUUCGGAACCCCAACAGUCUGAAGAGAACUGGUGGAAACGGUGCUCUCAGGCCUACCACCACCCUGCUGGAGCCCGCCAGCCCUGAGGGGUCCUCAGCCGUGGGCACAGUAGAGGACUGGCUUCAGGCCAUUGGCAUGGAGAGAUACAUUGACAACUUUACAGCCGCCAGCUACACGGCUCCAGAGGCGGUGAUCCACAUGACGCAAGAGGACCUGACUCGCAUUGGAAUCUCCUCAGCAGCACAUCAGAGCAAGAUCCUGACAAGUGUCCAGGGAAUGCUCUCCCAGAUGCAACAGAUGCAAGGCAGAAUGGUUCCUGUCUGAGAGAUUCGAAACGGAGAAUGAAAAGGGUGCAAAAGGACUUCAUUUCCAAUGAAGAAAAAAAAAAGAAAAAA